AUGGCUUACAUACAAGGCGAUUGUGCACCUCAAUUCGACAGAAUUCGCUCCAUCCUCCAAAACGCCUGCAACUCCGGUGAUGAGAUCGGCGUAUCGUUCGCGUUGAAUGUGGACGGCAAGAUGCUCCUAGAUCUCUACGGCGGCUACGAGGAUAGACAGAGAACUCGACCGUGGAACCGGGACACGACAGUGCCGAUCUGGUCCUGCAGCAAGUCGGUUACGUCACUGGCCAUGCUGAAGCUUGUCGACAAUGGUAUCUUGGACCCGAGUGCCAGGGUGUCGACCUACUGGCCCGAGUUCGCAGCCAACGGCAAGGAGUGCAUCGAGCUGCGCCACAUCCUGUCUCACACAUCUGGCAUGAGCGGGAUCAGACAGCGUAUUACAGCCCAGCAGGCCGCUGAUGGGACUCUGAUGGCCACCCUUCUAGCUGGGCAGGCCCCUCUCUGGCCACCCACCACGGCUUCGGGCUACCACACAGGUACCUGGCGUCAUCUCCUUGGGCAGGUCGUUAGUCGGAAGACAGGCAUGACACUGCCAGGCUUGGAGAAGACUCAGAUCUUGGAUGCGCUGAGAGUCGAUUACUUCCACAAUAACGACUUCCCGGGCAACAGGGCUGAAAUCGUGUGUGAGGAUAAUCCAGCCAAGCUUCCAGUUGGUCGCCACCCGCUGGGCCCAGUUGCUGAAAUGACAUUGAGAAACCCAAUCCGUAACGCUGAUAUGACGGCUUCCGCGUACUCGAAUGCUCGAUCGCUCGCCACCAUUCUCUCUACCAUCUCUCGCGGCGGGUUGGACAGCAACGGGGAGCGGUUCCUCCGCCCCGAGACAGUGGACAUGAUUUUCCAGGAACACUCCCGCGGCGAAGAUCUGGUCCUGCAGAAACCGCUGCGAUGGGGCUUGGGUUACGCCCUGACUGGGGGUGGCAGCCUCCCUGACGAUGAAUGGCUACCAACAGGAGACCGAGUGUGCUACUGGGGUGGAUGGGGCGGCUCGUUGGUAGUGAUGGACUGCGACAGGCGGGUUACAUUGGCCUUCACCAUGAAUAAGAUGGACACAUCGCUGCCAAUGGCAAACCAGACAGCCAGGCGAUGCGUCAGAGCCGUGUACGACGCGUUGGGCGCUUGA